UGUGUUAUUUCCCAAUCUGAAUUCCAAUGUUUAGCAUUUAAGGUCAAAUCGCGUUUCUUUGUACAAAUAAAAGGAAAUGCCGUUUUGUAGCUAUAAACAAAUGUGAAACGAAAAUAUACACAAAAUGCGUCCCUUUAGCACACGUGUUCUGUGCACGCGAAACACAAACAAAAAAAAACCUGGAGGUUAAUGCCCAGUAGAAUGUCAGCAUAAAAGAUAACUGUUGUCAUUGUACUUUCCAUACCCUUAUACCGAAUUUGCACUAGCCAUUGAAAUUACAAAAAAUACGAAAAUUUUUGGCAUGAAACAAACUGCAUGAGGAGUUGUCUCGAUUUUAACGAAACCGGUUUUUGAUGCCCACCAUAAUUGUUUUAAAAUUUUUUGUCAUAUAAUGCAGAGUGUAAAUUCAGCAAUAUGAUUGGCAUUGAAGGGGUAAAAAAUUUGCGCCCUUAAGAAAGUGUCGUGCAAGGCGAAAUUAUUCAAGGAGGUGUUACUGGCGAAUUUAGAUUUUCGCCGCGGUACUUCCUAAUGUCAAAAUGAUAUGUUUGUUGUAAACAAGGCGAAUUCAUAUUACACCAAACACAUCAUUUUGUCAAUAGGAAGCACCGCGGUGAAAAUCUAAAUUCGCCAGUAACAUCACCUUGUUAAAAUUCGCCUUGGUGUCGUAUUGUGUAUUUUUUAAUGCCUAAUGCUGAAUUUCCACCAGGUAUUAAAUGAAAAAAAUUGUUAAUGACCAUGUUGGGCAUACAAAAUAACCGUGCCGUUACGUCAAUAAAAAUAAUCAUUAUGUCUGUUUCCACAUGGCAAUUUUUAAAUAGCAUUCAUUCCAAUGCCUGGUGGAAAUUCGGCACAAUAUUCUCUUUAAAAGCUGUGUCAUUUAAUGCUCAGUGAAAAUACAGCGUUAUGCAAUGAAAUGAUAAAAAUGGUAAUGGCGAAGUCGGGCACAAAAUAAUGUACUGGGUUAGUAGAAAAAAAAAAAUAAACCAAAAAAUACUUGUCUGUUUUGACCUAAAAUUUUGUAAGUGGUAAAACUGCUUCCAAUUUUUAUUUUAUUUAUUUUUUUUUUCAUUUAAAUUCUGCAUAACCGAAUUCUACAAUUUUUAUUAACAAACAUUAAUUAAUUUAUCGGUUACAAAAUGAUUUUUACCAGUAUUACCAGCGCAGAAUAGGACUGUAAGGCGACGAUUGCUUAUUACCACAGAUUUAUUAAUUCCUGUUAGAUCACUAAUUAUUAUUAUUUUAUUUGUUUCGAUACUGUGCGCGUUAGAUGACCAAAUUAUUAUUAAAAAUAAUUAUGUACUAAAUACAUAAUUAAACAAAUGAUUCAGUGCGAAACUUUCGUAAGUCAACAAUUCAAAAAAGAUAUGUGUGAAAACUAUGUGAUUGCAAAAUGCUUACAUAGCAAAAAGUUCGAAAGAUUUACGAAAACGGCAAACAAUUUUUCGAAAAUAAAGAAACCAAAAGUAUUUCAUACGUAAAACAAGCUGCAAAUAAAAUACAAAAGAAAGGAAGUAAAAACAUUGCCAAGUUAAAGCACUCAGAAGAUUCUUCAGAUCAAACCAUUCCUUAGAGAAGUAUCAACAAAAUUAACAAAAAAAAAAACAAAAACAAAACAACGCAAAUAAAGGAAGCAUACCUGAACGUAAAUCAGCUAUGGCCACAACAUUCUUGAAUCGCUUUCAUCGCGAAAAGAGUGAACGCCAAGUGUUGGUGGCAGCGGCGGAUCAGAAUAGUGGCAAUAAAACAAAGAAAAAAGACAAAGAAAAUGCGGGCAGCAGUGGAGGUGGCGACGGCGUCACAGCAGGAGGAGGAGGCAGAGGUGUCGAAAAAACUACAGACGCCAACGAGACAGCGCCGUCGCAAUCAGCUGCUAAAUCCGCAACAACAACGAACAACGCAAUGAGCACAUCGACAACAUCAUUAUCGCCAUCGACGUCUGCCACCAACACUAACACAACAACUACACAACAACAGGAGCAGCAGCAGCAGCAGCCGCAGCCACCACGCCAACAGCGUCGCUACAUACGCAGCGCAACAGCGGCGAGCGUAACACAGCUGCUGUCCGAAAGUUGCAACAGUUUGUUGCAAAGAUUUCGGCGCAAUCCGAGCGAACGACCCGAUAAAACAGCAAAAGAUCAGCAACAGCAGAAGAAAAAUCGGUAAUAGCAGCAAAAGCAAAU